AUGGCGACCUGGUCAGGGUUUACGGACGACGAUCUGAGGAAGAUGCGACAAACUUCGCUCACAGAUGAACAAGUUGCAGCUAAAAAGGAAGCACAUGUCCGCAAACAACAGCUGCAACAAGGGAAGGUCAUGAGGUCACCACGAUUGAAUAUGAACCCAGAAGCCACGUCAGUAAAAGAAAAUGUCACAGACAGGAUGAAAUUAUCAGCAAAUUCAUCCCCUCCUGAGGGAUCAAAGAAAGAGAAUCAGCAAGCAGCUGGCUCAGUAACAAACUCUCAUCAUGACAUAAAGACAAAGGAGACAGACAGGCUUCACAGUUUACAGGCAAAAAGUCCCACCGAUGAAAAAAGUGAAGCUAAUAGUGUGUCAGACAGUGAUAAGACGAGUCUUUCUUCUAGCCAACAGUCACAAAGUGGGAGCACUUAUAUUAAAGAGCUUAAUGAACAUGAGGCAAUGAGUGUUGAGCUUGGGAAUGUACACAAAUUCCAGCAAAGACAGCAGGUGAUUGAGGAAGCCAACAAACGCAAGAGGGCCUUACUUGCCAAGGCUAUAGAUGACAGGCGAAAGAAAGCCAAGGCAGAAGCAGAAAAACUGAUGAAAGUACAGCAAGAAUUGAACCACCUGGACACGUUGUUGACCGCCGAUAUCACCAUCAUACGAGACAAGAUUGAAGCAGCUAGUCUGGAGUACAUGGAAGCCCAAAAGCGUUAUGAAAAAGCAGAGAAAGAAUUUGUUGCUGCCAAAAUGGACCUGUUUUCUAAAUGUGAAACCAAAGAACAUUUGACUGAACACCUGUACACAAUCAUCCACCAAAACGAGGUCAGGAAAGCCAAGAAACUUGUGGAGCUCAUGGAGAAGCUUUCCAUGGAAGUUACAGCCGAAGAGAUGGAGUUGACCAUCCAAGCAAUCCCACAGUUGACAAACUUCACUGCUGUCUCCACCCUUCAUGACCCACGCCUGGCGGUUGACAGUGAAAAGAUUGAUGUUGUGUGUGCCCCUUCCAUUGGGGAAAUCACCCGAUCUGAAAACACACUAGAGGUCAUUAAAGAUACUCCUACACAUUCUGCUGCUGUUCCUGGGAGUAAUCAUGCUUCUUUAGAAGUGGUCUCUGCUACAACUGGGCAUAGUUUGAACAACGUGUCUGAUGUACACAAUUCAGAAUUUGUACACAAGGAUUCUUCUGAAAGAUGUACACACAAACACAUCAACCCAAAUGGAACCACCAGUGCCGACUGCUGCAGCUCUACCCAGAUCUAA